CAGAACUAGCAAUAGAAACAUCAAGUUUUUAAUCAGUUGUAAUGUCUAUGUCACACAACCCAGGAAAACAACAGCCAAUUGUUUAUGUUCGGAAGAAAAUCCGGAAGACCAAAAGAAUGGAAGAAAUAUUUGGUAAUGUUGUUACUUCUCCUGCUCAGCAGGAAUUUUCAACGAAAAGAAUAGGUGAAAAAAGCUUUGAACCUUUACAUAAAGAUCACAACAAACUGUUCGAGGAGAAAUGUGUUGCUAAGAAGGAAGCAAAGACUAAAAGGGGAACCAAGUGUUCCAAUAUCUCAAAGUCCUUAAAUACUAGACAAUGCAAAGGUAGAGGGGCUGCAAAUACUAAAAUUAGUGAUAAUAAAGAGGAAAGGCGCAAAAUCUGGAAUCCUUACACAUCAGAUUUCAACAAAUAUAGCCAAAUUUUGACAACAGAUGACGAGACGUAUUGGAAUCUGCUUGGUCUUGUUGAUGGGAACAUCUACUAUGAGCGUAGCCAAUAUAAAUUAGCAAACGAUUUGGGAGAGACAGCACAUACGUUUGCACACACAAAUGUUAAUAAUACUUCUUGGGGCACCUCUGAUGCAAAGACAAAGGGGAAAAUGGUUCACCAAGAGAACAACAACACUAUGGAUUUUGCAGAUUUUUAUGCUCAAAGAGGAAAUAAAGGUAUCAAUAUCUGUGAAAAAAGUGUGAAUUCCAGUUCAGAAGAAAUGGCCAAACUUUUGGGAACAAGCAAUAAUCAUUUUGGUGGCCUAAACUUCCAGUUCCAAAAUAUGAACCAAGUGACUCCUAAUUAUUUCCUCAGUGAUAGUAUGAAUGAAAUGAACGCAUGGCGAAGAUAUCAUAAGCCAAGAGCAAUAGUUCAUCCAUCCAAGAUUAUUAGCCCAUCAAGAUUCAGCCAAAACUCUGAUCAGAACAUGCAGAUAACAUCAGAGCCCGCGACAUCAAAUUUCUCUUAUAUGAAAUUGCUAACGGAGGAUGGAAAUGACUCAACAUUGUUUGAAGAAUUACUAAAUGAAAAGCAGUUCGUUAGUACUACUCAGAACAGUUUAUCGUCAGAAGAACAAAGGGUGCAGCAAUGGGACGGCAGCCAAGUAGGAAAUUAUGAGUUUGACAGCUCUUUGCAACAGAUUAACUUACAAAGUUGUCAAUAUCAAGCGUUGCAGCAAGUACCCCAGCAAAUGUCCUAUAUGGAUCUGCUGACAAGAGAAGAUAUAUCAUGGAUUUUAUUUGCUUGAUUGGGGUUCUGCUAAAAAUGUAUUUUGAUGUUUUUUCUCCUUGAAUUGGUUGCUGUAUUUAGUUCUUGAUCGUUUAGUUGACCAAUUAUCAAAGACGAAUUAGAUGGACAAACUAGCAUAUGAGGAAAAAGAAUUGAAGUAGGAAAUACUGUUGGAAAAAGAACUGAACUAGGAAAUACUGUUGGAAAAAGAACUGAAUCUUUUUUCUUUUCUACUUACUAUUUUCCCAUCCUUUUCGUCUGUUCCCUAUUUUUUUUCCAUCUUUUUAAUAGUGUUCAGCCAAUUCAGCCAAUCCAAUGAUACUUCUGAUUUCCCUGAGUUUGAGGCAGU